AUGUCAAGUGAAGAAAAAUUACCAAGGGUUUAUAAUAAACGAUUAUUAGAUGAUCAGAUCGGUAAUAUACCGAAACGAGUACAUGUUGAUGAUUUUUUAAAUGGAAUUAUCAAGGAAUUAUGUGACCUGUAUAAUGAUGAAGUUAGAAAAGGAAACUCUGCAGUUUCUAUUCUUGACUCGAUAGACCAUUAUAUG